ACGGGCAACGGUGCGGUGCUCAAACCCACACGAGGCUACCUGAGGCAUAGGCAUGCCAGUUUGGCGCGUCGUUGUUAUAUAGCCGUUGCACCGAUACAUUCGUACAAAGUAUUUUAAUAAAUAGAACACAAUGGAGACUUUUAUAGCCGGUGUACGCGCUCAUCCAUGCUUAUGGAAUCCGAUGCACGCUGAUUACAGAGAAAUGCAAGUAAGAGACGAUGCUUGGCAGAGAGUAGUGAAAGAUUGUAAUAACACUACCAUUCCUAGCGUGAAAGUAGCAAGAGCGACGUGGAGGAAACUACGAGACAACCACAGGGAGGCAUUAAAAAGGGCAAAAUUGGGCCAGAAUAAACUGCUCCCAGCGCAGAUUACCACUUGGAAAUACGCAAAAGCCAUGCAGUUUUUAGAGCCACAUAUGAAAUAUAGAAUAACCGAGAACAUAGACAGCGAGACCAGUGAAGAGAAAGUGAACAAACCCGAACAGGACGUGUCGACGAGCGAAUGCACAAACCCAACCAAAGAUAGUCCUCCUCAGAAGCGGCGCUGCGUCGAAUAUCAAAAUGAAACAUCGACACUGCAACAGGACGGAGACGCAUUAGAAUCAUUCUUCUUUUGUAUGCUCAAAUCCACCAGAGAAAUGCCACCAUGGAUGCAAACGCAAGUCAAGAAGAAAAUGUUUGCCGUCAUCAUAGAUGCCGAGGAGCAACUGUCGAACGAGAACAACAAGGUCACUAGUCACGAAAACGUUUUUAAUGUUAACCAAAUUAAAAGGGAAACUUUUACCGACGACAGUUGUGAUUACACAUAAACGAAUAAACUAUAGGAUUAAGCUGCUGUUUCGUGCUAAUUUGGGAGCAUAAAACAGUGUCUCAGAUGUCUCUGAUUGAGUGUUGUACGUUUUAGCGCGAGUGUCAAAGAUCGGAAGUGCAUAAUUUAAUGAACGGUGUGAGUGAAUUAAACAUUAUUGUUUUAGGACAUGAAAAAUCAUGUAAUUUUCAACAAAUAUAAUAUUU